AUGUUCAAUCGUUUUAACAAAUUCCAAGCUGCUGUAGCUUUGGCCUUACUCUCCCAAAGCGCUCUCGGUGACUCAUACACCAAUAGCACUUCCUCUGCUGACUUGAGUUCUAUCACUUCCGUCUCUUCAGCCAGUGCAAGUGCCACUGCUUCCGACUCACUUUCUUCCAGCGACGGUACCGUUUAUUUGCCAUCCACAACAAUCAGCGGUGAUCUCACAGUUACUGGUAAAGUAAUUGCAACCGAAGCCGUCGAAGUCGCUUCAGGAGGUAAACUAACUUUGCUUGACGGUGAAAAAUACGUCUUCUCAUCUGAUCUAAAAGUUCAUGGUGAUCUGAUCGUCGAAAAAUCCGAAACAAGCUACGAAGGUACCGCCUUCGACGUCUCUGGUGAGACUUUCGAAGUUUCCGGCAACUUCAGUGCUGAAGAAACUGGUGCUGUCUCUGCAUCUAUCUAUUCAUUCACACCUAGCUCCUUCAAGAGCAGCGGUGACAUUUCCUUGAGUCUGUCAAAAGCCAAAAAGGGUGAAGUCACCUUCUCUCCAUAUUCCAACGCUGGUACCUUUUCUUUGUCAAAUGCUAUUCUCAACGGUGGUUCUGUCUCCGGUUUGCAACGUAGAGACGACGAUGAAGGUUCAGUAAACAACGGUGAAAUCAAUCUAGACAACGGAAGUACCUAUGUUAUCGUCGAACCAGUUUCCGGAAACGGUACAGUCAACAUCAUCUCUGGUAACCUUUACUUACACUACCCAAACACCUUCACUGGCCAAACUGUUGUGUUCAAGGGUGAAGGCGUUCUUGCCGUUGACCCAACCGAAACCAACACUACUCCAAUUCCUGUGGUUGGUUACACUGGUAAGAACCAAAUUGUCAUCACUGCAGACAUUACUGCUCUUUCUUACGACGGUACUACCGGUGUCUUGACUGCAACCCAGGGAAACUCACAAUUCUCUUUCGCUAUCGGUACCGGAUUCUCUAGUUCUGGUUUCAGCGUUUCGGAGGGAAUCUUUGCAGGCGCCUACGCUUAUUACCUAAACUAUGACGGUGUUAUCGCUACUAGUGCCGCAUCUUCAUCCACUUCCACUACCUCUGGUGCUUUCUCCACUGCUACUGGCUUAGUCACUUCAUCCUCUAACGCUACAGCAACUGCUACAGCUUCAACUACAGCUUCAACUACCGUCUCAUCUACCGCCUCAUCCACCGUCUCAGACUCAUUCAUCUCUUCAUCUAGUGCCUCUGUCUCUGGUGUAUCCAACUCCACCACAGCCUCUGGUUCAAUCACUUCUGCUCCUUCUGCUGCUUCUACCACCAGCUUCACCUCAGAUUCCGCUUCUGUCUACACUACAACAUUAACUUACUUGAAUGCCACAAGUACAGUCGUGGUUUCCUGUUCAGAAACAACCGACGCUAGCGGUAAUAUUUACACCAUUACCACAACCGUCCCAUGCUCCUCUACCACUGCCACCAUCACCUCUUGUGACGAAAACGGAUGCCAUGUUCCAGCACCAACUGCUACCGACGCAACUACAACCGUUUCUUCUAAAUCAUACACCACCGUUACCGUUACUCACUGUGACGACAACGGCUGUAACACUAAGACUGUCACUUCUGAAUGUUCCAAAGAAACUGCAGCAACCACCAUCUCUCCAAAAUCAUACACCACUGUUACCGUUACCCACUGUGACAACAAUGGUUGUAACGUCAAGACUGUCACUUCCGAGGCUUCUAAACAAACGUCAUUGGCCACUGCUAAUUCCGGAGCUUUUAGCACAGUCACCAAAUCUGCUGCUCCAACUUCUCAUACUGUUGCUUCUAGCAUCACCACUGGUAUCAUCGUCCAAUCUGAAGGUAUUGCUGCUGGUUUGAGAACCAAUGCUUUGAGCACUUUGGCCGGUAUUUUCAUCCUUGCUUUUUUUUAA